ACCACUUACUCGAACAACACAUUAUCAUGUCCGGCUUCGACAACACCAACAACAACUUCAGCGGCGGCGAAUACGGCACCACCACCACCGGCAUGCGCCCCGAACACCACAUCCACGACACCUCCGAGCCUCUCCCCGGCGCGCGCGGCGGUAACGCCGCCCCCAGCGCAGACUACAGCACCUCGAACAUCGAGAACAAUUUCGAGGGGAGACAUAAUGCGACUUCGGGGGGGAACUUUGAGGGGGGCUUCGAUCAGGGGAGGAGGAUGGAGAGUGAGCUGCCGCAGGGACAGAGGGAGGGAGCGUAUAGGGGCGGGUAUCAGGGUGAGACGAGGGAUUUGGAUACGGGGAGGGGCGCGGGGGGUAAUUUGCCGAGGAGUGGGGAUGCGUAUGAGGGUGGGUAUCAGGGGGAGUCGAGAGCUUUGGACGAGAGGACUGAUGAGCUCGCUGGCGGUAUGGAGCGCGGCUCUGAGUUCGGUGGCUCUGAACCUCACGGAAAGCCCAAGAUGACCGACAAAGUCAUCGGUGGCGCUGAGAAGACCAUGGGCAAAGUAAUGAAGAAGCCCCAGAUGGAGGAGAAGGGCGCCGUCCGUGCCUCCGAGGGCAAGGCCGCCAUGCAGGAGCGCUUCUAAGCGUCUGCGCUUCCUCCUUCAUUAUCGUCCUCGUUUCCUCGUUCGUUGUUCUUCUUUUCGUUGAUAGGUCUGAGAGAGGACUAUCGAUCGGAUUAGCAUGAAUACUUCGCAAUUGUACUUGUAUCGGCCUUUUAGUGUAUCAUCAUGUCUGG